ACAAGUCUCGUCACAGGCCUAUUUUGACUUUUAGACUUGGGGUGCCUUUAGAAUCGCCCCUCGUUCUCCUCCUUCCUCAGUCUCAAUUCUCAAUCUAAUUAUCUUCAUAUUCUUUACAAAACCCUCCUUCGCAAAGCAAAUACAUCUUCAUAUUCUUUACAAAACCCUCCUUCGCAAAGCAAAAUCCCUUGAGAUAUGAAAGUUUUCUAAAUAUUAAGGACCUGAGACAAGGCUCUGUUAGACAUCGUGAAGACAUGAACGCUGAAAAAUCAGCCACUUAUGAAUUGAUUUCCCUCCAAAUCGGAAAGAAAUUAGCAAUCUCCAUCUCAAAACUCGCAUAAAAUCAUCCAUGUACGGCAGCAUAUCCUUCUCUCUGCAGCAUAGGGCUUCAUUUUGAGCAUUCUUAGUACCCGUAAUCCCGUUUGAAGGUUUUCUUUCAAGUUAUACUCAUCAAGGAACGUCAUUUAAAGAAAGUUUAACAAUUCAUUACAAAAGCUUCAUAUUCAGAUCCACCAACAGAAGUUUAUAGAUCGAAGGUGGUGAAAGCACACACAAAGCAUGCUGACAACUCAAAUGUCAUUUCCAAUUUCAUCAGCUAAACAAAAUCAGAUAGGCGUGUUUGGAAUCCAAGAUUCCUCCUUUAUUAAAACCCCUUCCAUUAGACAAAAGGAAAUUUGGCAUGUUGUCAAGUGUUCCAAGAAUCAAAUUUCUCGACAGCUCAUCAAGUUGAAUGAUGUGGACAGAAAAGUUGCCAAAAAGCCAAGUAAGACAGAACACCACUUAUGGAAUAAGAGAGAUUCUGCUGCAUCUGGCCAAAAGGCAUUGAAUCUUGUUCGGAUUGUUUGUGGUUUGCCAAAUGAGAAAGAAGCUGUUUAUGGAGAACUUGAUAAAUGGACAGCUUGGGAGUCAGAAUUCCCAGUGAUUGCAGUUGCCAAAGCUCUUAAUAUCCUUAAACAACGCAAACAAUGGAAACGAGUCAUUCAAGUGGCGAAAUGGAUGUUUGGGAAAGGUCAAGGGAUGACAAUGGGAACAUUUGACACCCUUCUACACGCAUUUGAUACGGAGAAAAGGGUAGAUGAAGCAGAGUCAUUUUGGAACAUGAUUUUGCAUACACAUGAAAGAUCAAUCUCAAAAAGGUUGUUUUCAAGAAUCAUAUCCAUUUAUGCUCAUCAUAACAUGCCCCAAAAUAUUAUAGAGGUGUUUGCAGACAUGGAGGAACUUGGAGUGAAACCAGAUGAGGACACCACAAGGAAAGUUGCGCGUGCUUUUCAAAUAGUGGGUGAAAAGGAAAAACAACAAUUAGUCCUUAAAAAAUACUUAAGUCAAUGGAAAUACAUUCAUUUUAAGGGCGAACGAGUUAGGGUUAGAAGAUACACAUCAGAUGAAUAGAAUCUAUAACAACUCAUUGUGUAGCAGCAAUACAGACAUAAUAGGUUGUCCUGUGUUUAUCUGACAUGGGACUCAGACUAAUGUCAAUGGGAUAAAAGUUACAUUUUUUUGUCCUACUUAGAAAAGGUGGGACAUGGUCUUGUUGUAGAUCUCUUGUAUGUGGAAAAGACAAAAAUACCCUCGUUAUCCUCAUCAUCAAAUUAGCCUAAUAAUUCAUCCCCUUUGUAUAUAAUUGGAAAUAACCCUUGGAUCCAUUGUAUUGUAUGUUAUCCAUGUUUA